AUGUUUGAAAUUUCUGAGUUCUACAAAGACGCCGUAAACAUCAUUCUGUACUAUGUAUUAAUACUUUUUAAAGAACUUGUGAUUAUAUAUUUGCUAGCUACAACUAUUGAUUUUUGGGUAUGUCCAAGUCCAAUUGGAAAAAUGCCUUUGGUUCACAAACCUAUACCAUUGAUCAAUGGCUUAGAUUUCAUGAUUCCUAAAGCAAUAGAUUGGCAAGAUUCCCCUGCAUUAAAGUUCUGGCAUAUGGCAAGCACGUAUGGAGAUGUAUACCAAAUGAAAAUAGGCACGAAAUUGGUAGUGGUUGCAAACUCGGCAGAUUCCAUUCAGAAGUUAUGGUGUGAGAAAAACGUAAAGGGUAACAAUUCAAGGCCCAUUACGUACAGCUUCCAUAAAAUCUUAUCAAAAGGGAUAUAUACCAUUGGCACCACACCAAUGGGAGAGACGUAUAAAAAAGCUAGAAAACAUGUAAGUGAAAAAGUGUUGUCCGAGAAAAGAAACAAGGAUUUCAACUAUGUGAUUAUGGAUAGAGCAUGCGAUGAAAUGAUUGAAAGAAUCAAAGACAAACAAGGGAGGAAUACAAAUUAUGAUAAAAUCAUCAUCAGCAGUGACUUCCUAAAAGAAGCUCAAUAUUUUCAUUUACAAGUAGCACUUUGGUUAACGUAUGGGUAUGAAUUCAAUCCCGAUGAUAUUGCUCAUAGAUAUUUAGGAGAUCAGAUAAUUGAAUGUGAAAAUAAGAUUACAAAAGUUAGGUCGCAUGUUCAAAAUGCACAAGACUACCUUCCGUCUUUUCUAAAAUUUGUGAUCGCACAGUUUUCAAAGAGAAACUUAGAAAUUCAAAAGUUAUAUUCAAUCAGACAAAAGUACUUGAAAGAAUUUCAUGACUACGUUGUUGGAUUUCAUAGGAAAAUCAAUGAUGAGGAAUACGUAGAGGACAGUUCAACUUUAAAAAAAAACAAGGCAAAAAAACUUGAACAUGUGAAAACCUCGUUGCUGUAUAAGUUUCUUGAAAAAGACCAUGCUGAUAUUGGUUCCAUAGAAAUUAAUUCGGAAUGCUUGACAAUGAUAAGCGCUGGCCUAGAUAACACCCCUCUAAAUUUCAAAUUUGGUUUGCAUAUGUUAGUCAACUACCAUCCCGACUUUUGGGAAGAAGCGUAUAAUGACAUUCUUCAACAUUAUGAUGAUGAUUCGAAAAGAGCAUACAAGGAAUGCUCUAUUGAAAUGAAAAGUGAGUAUGUCAAAGCCAUAGUAGAGGAAACAUUGAGACAUUUCUCGGUCUUACCAAUGUCUUUGCCCAGGGAAGCCACAUGUGAUCUAGUAUACCGAGAAUCGAUAAUACCAAAGGGGACGAUUUUGUUUCUGAAUUGCUAUGCUGGAAAUCAUGAUUCCCGAAGAUUUCCAAAACCAAAUAAGUUUGCACCGUCAAGGUGGCUAAAACCAACAACGGAUCAUGAUGGUAAAACGAACAAAGUAAUUGACAAAUCCCUAAAACACUUUGCCUUUGGUGUUGGAAGCAGGAAAUGUUUAGGUGGUAACUUUGCAACCCGGGAAUUGUAUAUUUUGUUUGCCAAAAUGAUUUUAACAUACAAACCCGCUCCACAACUUGCAAAGGACAUCCCACCAGAUAUCUCCCUAGCACUGAACAUGUUCCCGGAAUCCCUAGCUAUUGAGACCUACCCUUUUGAAAUUCAACUUGAAGAGAGAACCAUGAAUUUGUCAGGUGUUAACGUCAUUUCUCCACCUUCUAACUGA